CACGAGACACUUAUUAGCUUCUCAGCUUCUGUCGUCAGAUCAAACAGUCAUGAUGAAGGUUCUGGUCAUCCUCGCUCUCUGCCUAGUGGCCCUCGGAGCCGCCCUUCCUUCGGACAUCGUGGACUUCGAGUUGGACAACCAGGAGCAGGAGCAGGAGGGUCAGCCAGGAAGGGCCGUCGAGGGCGAGUACUCCUGGGUAGCGCCCGACGGCAACGAGUAUUACGUCAAGUACGUCGCCGACCACCUCGGCUACAGGGUCGUCGAGGACAACGUGGUGCCCCAAGUCCCAGAGGCCGACCUCCCCGAGGUCGAGGAUGACGACGAGUAAUUGCUCAAGAGGCAGAUGAUGGACGAAACUGGAUUGAAUUUUAUAUACGAAUAAAGAUUAAUUUUGACAA